AUGCUAAUAUUGAAUGUGAAUGAAUUGGACGAAUUAUUUGAAAAAGGUGAUGAUAAUCCUGAGAUAGUUAAUCGAUGGUAUGAGGAACUAUUAAAGUAUGAUCCGGAAGAUAUCGAAGUGUCGGAAUCGAUUAAGCAAAUUAUGAAAGCGAUGAAAUGGAUUAUGCAUUAUGAACAUGAAAAUGCGGAAGAGUUAAAAGAGUUAGCGGUAAAGGAAGCUGCGGAAAUGGUGGAGAAACAAGAAAACUGGGAAGAAGAGAAGGAAAACAUGAAUCUUGAACUUAAAAUUUUGCGUGAACGUAUAGCUGUUACAACAAACGCCACCGAUCUCAAUGAAACAUUUCGAACGCAAAUUGCUAGCUUAACAGAUGAAAAUAUUUAUUUGAAAGAACGAAAUAAAGAGCGUGAUCGUGAAUUAGCGGAGAAAAAUGAUGAGACUGAAAAAUUAAGCUAUCGCGUGGAACAACUCGAGAAUGAACGUGCGAAAUUUGUUCAACAGAAAAUAUUUUUGGAUGAAUCCAUUCGUGAGUUAAGCAGACGGCUUGAAAAUAAAAUGGAAGGAUCUAUGAUAAAUGAAGCUGAAGCAUUGAAAUUACGACAACGAAGUCAACAAGCUGCAUUACUUUCCAAACAACUUCAGGAAGUUGCGCAACAGAAUGAUGAACUUCGAGCGGAAAUUGAGCAACUGUCAACAGCGCUUGCUUCAGCGACAACAUUUAUUGAGGAUACUGCUAAUAAUUAUCAAACAUUACAUCAGCAACUGUUAGAAAGUGAUAAAAUCAUUGAACGCUUAACGAAUGAUAAUGAAUUACUUGGUAAAAAGCUUGAAGACAACAAAAUGAUAGCUGGAAAAUUGGAAGAUGUUAGUGAAAACUCAAUUCAACAUUAUAAGGAAUUGUUAAAAAAUAAAGAUGAGCAAAUUGAAACAUUACAGCUGAAGUUUGAAACAUUACAAGUUUGUUUUUAA